UCUCUCGCGCGCGCGUCUCUCUCUCGCACGGCGUCGGCACGCGAAAAUUAUAACAUUACGAAAGACAUCGCACGGUCGUCGUCGUCAGUCCGCCGCGUCCAGCCACGCGCCCAGCACGUCCGCCGCCGGGAGCUCGCACGCCGGUCGUUGUUUUGCGCGGGCGAUUCGUCCGAUUUUCGGUCCGUCACAUUUUCUUCGCGAUUUGUUUUUCUUCUGUUUUCCCUUCCGCCGAGUACGUUUUUUUUUUCGGUCAUCCAUUUUGACUCGUCAUAUUAUAAUUAUACACAUGCAGCUCUAAAAACUGAUCAUAUAUUUUUCUUAAAAUUAUUGUUAGUUCGUAACGCUUGCCUAUAUUACGCUAUAUUAUUACAAUAAUAAUAUACAUUUUUCAUAUUCGUCGUUUGAUUACGCCGUGCCCGAUCGACGAAUCGAGUGAGUGCGCCGCGUCGGCAUCGACAGAGACUCGUGUCCGCCCAAGCAGUCCUAGUCCUAAAGUGGAACCUGCUACGAAAUAUUAUAUCAUCGCAUUAUCCACUGCCAGGUACGUCGUAAAUGCGAUAAACGACCAAACAAUGCACUAAAAUGUUGUAACAAUCAAACACAGAAAUGUUGAAGCGUUGAAAAGUAUAUACAAAAACCUACACUGCAGAAGCAUGCAAAUAUUAAGCAUUAGUUUUAAGAUUUCCAUUUUGGUGGUUUCGAAUUAGACUGCAGCUGACCGGCCGAUAGACCACAUCUACAGCACUAAUUGACCAUCUACUGACCGACCGACGGGCCACACCCGACCACCCAUCGCCGCAAUAACGGGACCGGGUUCGGGUCGCGGUGCGAACAGUGGCCGGGCAGAGCAGUCAGCCAGCUAGACAGCCGCACCAGCAGUCGUGCACGUCCGCAGCCACAGCCGCCGCCGUGCUGAACCGACGGCCACCGCCGUCCCCCGCACCACCACCGCGACUCGUCUGGCCCGUUAGAGGCCUGUUCGCCCCGACCGUCGUACAGCCACCGCCUGUCAUGCACCACCAAGUGGCCCACCCGCACUGGAUCGCCGCGGCCGUGCAGCCCUGGGGCUUGCCCCAACAGCUGGCCCCGUCGCAGAACAUGUUGACACUGGCCGCCAUGGCGCCUACCGCGAUGGCCCCGGCCACACCGGGCGCUGCGCCCAUCGCUUUCAUCGGGUUGCAUCCGCACCACCCGCAUCACCCACACCCACACCAUCCGCACCACCCACACCACCCUCACCACCACCCACAUCAUCUAAACGCGAUGCCGGCGCAACCGCUGCAGCCGUCGCCGCCGCCUCAGCAUCCGAACCACAUGACAGGCCAUCACUCGGCCACGACGGCCGCUGCCGCCGCGUUGGCCCUUCUCAAUCAGCUGCACCACCACCAUCACCAGCAACAACAGCAACAGCAACACGAUCUCGCGCACUUGUUGCUCCAACAGCAACAGCACCAGCAGCAUCAGCAGCUCCAGCACCAGCAACAGCUCACGCCACUGCCACAGCUACAGGUAAGAAAUUAUGAAAAUUUCAUCGUUGGAUCCCAGGAAAAUGGCACCUCAUAUCGCGAGAUCCUGACCGACGAAGAGCCCAUUACAAACAAGCGUAAAUACUUGGCAGACGACCGGAGCGACUCGGGCAAGGAUUUGAAAAAAGCCAAGUUGGAAACUAAAGCACUGAAAGCGAAACGUCCCGGAUUUACCGACGAAAGAUACAACGAGACGUCGUACUAUAUUGAAAACGGUUUGAGAAAAGUUUACCCAUACUAUUUUACAUUCACUACGUUCACCAAGGGCAGAUGGGUAAAUCAAAAUAUACUGGACGUGUUCGCCAGGGAGUUCAGAGCGCAUCCCGCUGAAGAAUACGAACGUUGCAUUAAAUCCGGUUCGUUGACCGUAAAUUAUCAAAAAGUGGACACUCAGUACAAGUUGAAACACAACGAUCUGCUGGCUAACGUUGUACACAGACAUGAAGUACCGGUGACCAAUGAUCCAAUCACGAUCGUGCACAUGGACGACGACAUCGUGGUAGUCAACAAACCCGCAAGCAUUCCGGUUCAUCCGUGCGGUCGCUAUCGGCACAACACUGUGGUGUUCGUGUUGGCCAAGGAGCACAACCUGAGGAAUCUCAGGACCAUUCACCGUCUGGACCGGUUGACCAGCGGUCUGCUCAUGUUCGGCCGGACGCCCCGGUACGCCCGCAUCAUGGAGGCACAAAUCCGCAACAGACAGGUGAACAAACAGUACGUGUGCCGAGUCGAGGGGAGAUUUCCCGAGCAAACAAUCGAGUGCAAUCAUCCCAUCGAAGUGGUCAGCUACAAGAUAGGCGUGUGCAAGGUAUCCAACAAGGGCAAAAACUGUUCGACGACAUUCCAAUUAGUGGGCUACAACGAGAAGACCAACAUCAGUGUGGUAUUGUGCUUUCCACAUUCGGGACGCAUGCACCAGAUCAGGGUACAUCUUCAAUACUUAGGCUUUCCCGUGAAGAACGACCCACUGUACAAUCACGUGGUGUUCGGGCCAGAAAAAGGCCGUGGUGGCGUUAUCGGCAAGUCAGACGAGCAACUGAUUCACGAUUUGAUAAACAUCCACAACGCCGAGAACUGGUUGGGCAUGGACGGUGACUCGGAACUAAUGCCGAUAUUGAAAGAUGUGGACGUCGUCGACGAAGGAAAAAAAUCACCACCGGGUUUCAAAAAGAACGAAUCGGUGGUGGAACAACAUCAGCACCAGUUGCAGAUAAAGGGCAGACAAACCAAUCAGCUUCAGUUGCAGUACGACAGUGCAAUGAACGUGUCCACGCAGACAGGACAAGACGUGCCGGACAUGGAUUUCGACGCUGAGAAGCUCACCCACGACCCACAUUGCUACGAGUGCCGGGUGAAAUUCAGGGACCCGAAACCAAAAGACCUCAUCAUGUACUUGCACGCUUGGAAGUACAGUGGGCCUGGAUGGAGUUACGAGACGGACCUUCCAGUGUGGGCCAACGUCGAAUGGAAGGAGCCGGAAUAAAUUUGAAAUAAUUAUGGACCUAUUACAGCAACAGGGUGGGCCUUACGCGAGUCGAUUGACCGAAAAAUAAACUGUUUUUGGAAACUUCUAUAAUUAAGAGCUUUUUUUCGGUCAAAUGACUAAUAAUAAUAAGAUAUAUAAUUGUGGUGGCCCCCUUCUGUAUAAUAUUAUAUAAGUAUUAAUAAAUAAUAUUUAAAAUAAAUAAUUACUAUUAUUCUUUAUCGUGGAUUUCGUAGUACUCGGAAGUAAAAAAUUAUAAGAUUAAAAAACAAUGAGUGCUCGCGGUUAUUAUUUUCUUUCUUUUUUUAAUAUUGUGAUAAAUAAUAACUGUCGUCUUGCAAGAAAAUCUAUACUUUAUACAAUAUUUAAUAUUAUGAUGAAAUUAUGCGUUGUAAUUAUAAUAUAUUAAAAUAUACACGUCAUACAAUAAUAAUUAUAAAUAUAAUAUAUAUAUAUAUUAUAUAAGCUAUACCUAUAUUUAGGUGCGAUAUAAUACACCAACACGAUAUCAUAAUGAUAUUUAUGUACGAUAAUUAUUGUAAUGAUAUUAUACUUCAUCAAAACGAUUAUAUUAUAUUAUCUUUUAUGACCGUGUGUCACGAUUUUGUGUGUUUGUGUGUGUAUUUGUGUGCUUUUUGGUGUGAGUGUGAUUUUUCACCAGCAUAUUUUGACUUACUUAAGCAAAAAAAUUAAAUCUACAAUAACUAGAAAUCAGAAUCGGGAUUUUUGUGAGUUUUUAAAUAAUAUUAUUAUUCUUCGUCGUCGUAAUUUUAGUGUAUUCAUUUUUUUUUCUUUCGAAUACUAUAAUAAUUUUAAGAUUAAAAUUAUAAUAUUACAAAUGAUUGUUUAUAAGAAAAAAAACCACUUCAUAUUACCAAUAAUAAUUAAGUUAUUUAUUAUAAUACAUAUAAUUAUUAUUAUUAUUAUUAUUAUUAUUAUACUAUCUACUAUCGCGCUCUGUAACCGUUGUAUUCGCUAAGACAUAAUGUUUUUGUGAUUAGUUUUGUGUUGGUAGUUAUGGUUUUAUUAUUGUUAGAGCUUAUGUAUUAUUAUUAUUAUUAUUAUUGUUAGUCAAAUAUAGACACUUAUUAUACUAGCAUAUACCUAUAGUAAUGAAUAAUAAUAAUUAUAAUUUAUGAUUAAUGUUAUUCUUAAUAUUAUUAUCAUUAUCAUUAUGUGUAUUACUUUAUUAUCAUUAUUAUUAUUAUAAUUAUCAUUAUUAUUAUUAUUAUUAUUAAGCAUAACGGUUGGCCUACACCGAGCAAUGUGCAGUGUUGUCCACACAAGGUGAACCGAAACGCAGUUUUUUCGUAGUCAUUUCCAUGUAACACUUAUAAUAUAUGUGUCGUACUUAAUAUCUCUCGGCUUGACCGACAGUUAGUGAUUUCCAUAAUCCAUAAGUAGGAUUAGUAUUUGUUUUUAUUUCAAACUAUUGUAGUUAUUAUUUGUCUAGUGUGCUUAAUAGAAUAUUAAACAUUGAAAAAGAACAGUAUUGUA